AAGAAGAAGUGGCCAUAGGAAAGCGGAAGUCAUUUCGCUUCCGGCCUACACUGGCGAGUCUUCACCAAAUAUUCUGUGCUUGGCAUACUUUAUACACUCGAUCUAUAAAGUACAUCGACAAACUGACCUCAGAGCAACGACAAUUCAAUCUCAAUGUCAACGAAAGUAACGGUCGUGGAAACUUUGGACUUGUCCUUUUACCGCUGCAGGACAACAUGAGUCGCAAGAGGGACAAGCUGUUGGAUGGACUGGAACAGAGUUUAUACACUCUAACCAAGGACAACUUAUGUUACCUGUGCGUUCGUUGUGGAAUCCGAGGCUCCGAGGAUCGGUUCAAAGGUAAACAAAACAGUGAACGCACGCUGCGGCGUCAAAUCAUGGAGGAAAUCUGGGAAAAUGAGGAUUCAAAGUCUUGGUUACUCCGACUGAAAGAGGACAUCCGAGGUAUACAGCAGGAUGGUAGACAUGUAACCGUGAGCUCCAGUGCAUCAAGCAGCGUGUCCUCGAGUCCUAGACAGUCUGAUGGUGAUGGGGACGCUGCAGACUGCCGUGAAGCUGGGAAGCCUCGACAGUCGGAAGUGACUCAGCGAACACACACUGGAGAGAAGCCUUACAGUUGUAAUCAGUGUGGGAAGACAUUCACACAGUCAGGAAGCCUGGCAACUCAUCUGAGAACACACACUGGAGAGAAACCACAUAGCUGUGAUGUAUGUGGGAAGACUUUUAACGUAGCCUUCAAUCUGAACCGACACCAGCGAACGCACACCGGAGAGAAACCCUACAGCUGUGAGAAGUGUGGGAAGAGCUUUUCUCAGUCAGGCCUACUGGCCAGCCACCGUCGUUCGCACACAGGAGAGAAACCGUAUGUCUGUGAUCAGUGUGGGCAGAGCUUUGUCAAUCCAGGAUCCCUGGCAAAGCACAAGCGAAAACAACAUGCAGGAGAGAAGCCUUACAGCUGCACGGAUUGUGGGAAGAGUUUCUUUGAAUCACAUACCCUGGCUAACCAUCGGAGGACACACACAGGAGAGAAGCCUUACAGCUGUGAUCUAUGUGGGAAAAGUUUUGCUCUGUCAGGAACCCUGAUUAAACAUAAGCUGACUCAUACAGGAGAGAAACCGUACAGCUGUGACCGGUGUGGGAAGAGCUUCCGUGAAUCAGGCAGGUUGAAAGUUCACCAGAGAAUGCACACUGGAGAGAAACCUUACGGCUGUGAUCAAUGUGGGAAGAAAUUUGGUCAUUCGCAACACCUGAAAGAACACCUGCGAACGCACACAGGAGAGAAGCCAUUUAGCUGUGAUCAGUGUGAGAGGAAAUUCACUCAACCACAACACCUGAAAUCACACAUGAGAACACACACUGGAGAGAAGCCGUUUGUCUGUGAUCAGUGUGAGAAGAGAUUCGCUCAUUCACAACAGCUCAAAGCACACCUGCGAAUGCACACUGGAGAGAAACCUCAUAUCUGCGAUCAGUGUGAGAAGAAAUUUGCUCAUUCACAACACCUGAAAGAUCACAUGCGAACACACACAGGAGAGAAGCCGUACAUCUGUGGAGAAUGUGGAAAGAGCUUUGCUAGAACGGGAACAUUGAAAGUGCACCAGAAAUCACACGCAGCAGGUGAAGUGUGUACAGAUCUGCCUCCCCAGGAUCAGUUCCAGAACCCUCAAAUAAAUCUGAACAGCACCAAGUUCCAGAUCCAUCUCCCUCCCCAGGAUCAGUUCCAGAACCUUCCAUAAACUCAGAAAAGUCCAAAGUUCCGCUGCUGGACUCCUCUAGCACUAGGCAUUAUGACACCUAUCUGUUCUAUAUAUAUAUGCGGUAAAGAGGUCAAUGGAACUCAACCAAAACAAUAGAAAUGCCAUGGACACAGGUGGGAGAAAGAUGGGGUGAAAGAUCCCGAAUCUCCUCAUGGUCCCCUCACUACAUGUUGAGGUAAGAAUCAGAGUAGAAUGCUUGUAUGGAUGUCAACCCCCUAACACAUGUUCAUGUCAUCAUCACCAAAUCAACUGUAUUAUAGUAACAAAAGGACUUUGACUAACACAAAUAGUUGCUGGAUGCUACAAGCUCAUAAGAGCAGGAUGUUAGCGUUUAGCAGUUACUUCUUCUCCACAGGGAAAGGGACAACUUCAAAAAUGUGUCACGCAGAGGAAACUGACAAAUAUUUCGAAACCGGACUUCAGUAACCACUUGGUGGGCCUGUUGCAUCCCAUAAAUCACACGACGGAUUUGACGAGUAUAUCCACUUGGUUGGAUCAGAUCUGUUGAAUGUGAGCCAACGACGCCGUCACAGCGUCCUGCAUUCCAGUGACCUCUUUUCCCGCAUCUGUGCUCGAAUCCAGGUCUACAGAUUCUGAAUUUGGUUUUAAUUGAUUAAAUAUUAACACACACACCCCCCGCCCUCCAAAUUCACUGUGUACAGAAACAUUGGUUCAUUAAAAUCAGUGAGUUACCUGGUGUGUGCGUGACCUUUUAUAUUGUUUUAAUCAGAAACAUUGGUUCAUUAAAAUCAGUGAGUUACACAGUUAUUGUUUUGACUCCUCAGUUCAGUCACAGUUCAAUCUUGGUACCACACCUAAUAAUAUUAUUAAUGCAUUUUAUACUUGUACAUUUCCUAUGUGAAUCACACCGUUGUUGUUGUAAAGAACCACACCAUUCUAUGUGAAGACUAGAUACCCGUUA